UUUUAUUUAAAACCCACUUCCCCAAAAUCAAAAAUAUUAAAAACCCCUUCAUCUCCCUCUUUUUCUUUGUUUUUCUCUCUCCAAAACCCCAAAUUUUCAAACCAAAUUUGAUGUAAUUCGUUUUGUAAUCGAAGAGAAGUUUACAAAGAUUGAAUUUUUCUAGUAUCUUGGAACUUUUUCGUACAUUAUAUUUCUGGGUUUUAUCUGCAUUCAUAAGCUGCUUCUAGAGUUUUAUCUGGGUAUUUGAUAAGUGUUCAGAUUUGGUGAUCUUUUGCUGGUUUGUAGAAAUAUGAAGGUUGAUUGAUUUUGGGAUUUCUGGAAGAGGUAAUGAAUUUCAGGGCUUAAUUUUGAAUUUGGGUAUUGUGAUUUUUUUCUGGGUUUUUGUUGAUUGAAUGAGAUGAGGGAAGGGUUGAGGUCAAGUAGUUCGAAGAAGGAGGAUGUUAAGGUUGGUUUAGAACACAGUGUUAGUAAUUUGAGAAGGGUUAAAAUUCCUGAUUUGAAUUUAGAGGAUGACCCCGAUGAUAUUUUGAGCGAGGAAGUGGAGAUAUUAGGCUCUGAAGUGAGCAAGGCUGAUGGGAAGUCGAAUGGGGUAGUAUGUGAGAAAGAAGGUGUUGGUGAGGAUGAGGGUAAAGGAAUGGAGGUUGAGGAUGGAGGGGAGGUAUAUGCGACUCCGGAGUUCAAAUGCAGCCGUGUUGUUGGAGUUGAGGGAGAGGUGGUGGCGGCGGAGGCAGUAGGUGAUGUUGAUUUAAGUAUGGGGGUUUGUUCAACUAGGGGAAUCAAUGAUGAAAAGAAAAUUGAUGAAUUUUUUGAGAAUGUAGGUGGAGAGGAGAAGGCAGCAGGAGUGGAGGGGUUAAAAUGUUCUGUUGAUUCUGAUGACCGGGCUUUGGAGUCAGCUUUAGCUGUUGAUAAGAAAAAGGGUUCAGGGGAUGAUGAAGGGCUGGUGCGUUCAAGUGUGGAGGGUUCUAGAAGUAUAAAUGGUAAUUGUGAUGGCGAGACUGAGGAUAUGGAAGAGCAUGUAGAUGCUGAUCCUAAAUUGUCCAAGGAUUUGCAAUCAAAUCUUGAUGCACAAAUGGAAUCUCCUGAGAAGGAAAGUGUUAGUGUGGGCAUUAAAUGCAAGUUUGAUGAAGUUGAUGGUUGUAAAGGAUUCAAAAAAGAGGCCAAGCAAGAAAGGGUCCAAGUUGCUGCUAGAGUUUUGAGAUCCAGGGUUGUGCCAGCUAAUGGUUUGGGAGAGGAAACUGAAGGCAAUAGUAUUGGAUUCUUGCAAAGGAAAAGGAAGAGGGUAACUGAUGGCCUUAAAGAAGCAGCAGUCGUAGUGGAAGAUGAAAGUAGUAGAUCAGCUUUGGAAAAGUCUUAUGGUAUUAGAAAAAGCAAGAGAUCAACUGAUAACUCUGGGGAGGAGUUAGUUGAGCCGAACAAUGCUCGAGUUGUUUCUGAAAUUGAGGAUGAAAAUGUGAACAAUAAGCUGAUUGGAAGUUCUGAAAGGAAGAGGAAGCGUGGUAGGCCAAAAUUAUCCAGAAAUCACCCUGAAAAGGAGGUAAAUCAGACUGAUGAAGGACUGAACUCUGUUUCUAAAGUUGAUGAGGAAGGUUUGGACAAUAAAUCUGCAAGUAGUUUUAAAAAGAAGAAUAGACGUGGACGGCCCAGGAAAACUGCAAACGCCUUUGAAAAUGAGAGAGUUGUUCCUAAGGUUGAAAAUGAAGCUGGGAGGAACAACAAUCCAGCAAGUUCAAAAAAGAAGGAUGGACGUGGAAGGCCUAGGAAGUCUGCAAAUUACCUUGAAAAUGAGAAAGCUGCUCCUAUAAAGGUUGAAAAUGAAGGUGUAGACUUAAGCAACAGGUCUGUUGAAAUUUUGACACCGAGGCGCAUAAGUGGUAGGCCAAAGAGAACCGUUGAUUACUCUGAAGAGCAAAUAGCUCAAAAGAAGAAGAAACUCUCCUUUUCUAAAGUUGAAGAUGAAGCUCCGGCUGAAGUUGAAGACAAGAGUUUAAGUGACAGGUCAGUAAGAAAAUCAAAAAAGAAGGGCAAGCGCGGAAGGCCCAAGAAAGAGCCGGAAACUGAUGCAGUGAAGAUUGUUUGUCAUGACAAUGGCAAGGUAAAGGGUGACAGGGAUUUAAAAGUUUCUCCUGUAGCAGCUCCUGUCAGAAGAAGCAGACGGGACAGUCAUCCUCCUAAAGUAUCAGAGAAGCCUAGUGAUGAAGUACCUCUUGAGAAGGUAGUUCGGUCAGGUAAAAAGGUCAAUUUUGUCGGACUUGAUAAAGACACAGUUGGAAGAUCUUCAAAAGGUGAAGAAACUCCAUUACCUGAAAACAAUUCACCUGCAAAGCGCAAGAGAGCUGAAAUAGCUGGGUCUCUUUCUAGUGAGAAAAAUGCAAUAAGAAACCAAAUAGUUGAAAUGCUUCUGAGUGCAGGCUGGACAAUUGAAUAUAGACCCAGGAAUGGCAGAGAGUAUAAGGAUGCAGUUUAUGUCAAUCGUGAAGGAAAAACUCACUGGUCAGUUACUAAGGCAUACAAUUCACUUCAGCAAGAAGCUGAAGAGGGUAAGGCUAGUGAGAAUUUUACCUUUAAUCCAUUACCAGCUGAGGUACUCAGCAAAUUGUUUAGAAUUGUAUCCAAGACAAGAUCAGACAAGAACAAGAAAAAAAAGAAUAAUCAAGAUGGUGAUACUUCUGAUGAAGAAGGUUCUGCAAGUCGUAAGGCAGGAGCUAAGCAAAAACAUUUUACUCUAAAAGGAAAACCCUCAGUUCGGGUUGGGGCACAAGGUAGGAGGCGGUGUGCCUUGGUGGUGCGCAGGUCUAAUCAGGAUUCAACUUCAGAGAUUGAUGGAGCCAUUGCUCAUUCUGGAAAGCAUAGUGUUCUUGCUAGGAUGAUUGAUUUGGGCACUGUUAGUCUGGAUGGAAAAGUGCAUUAUAAGAACCACCAUGAUGCUGAAUCAGUACUCGAGGGAAGCAUAACAAGAGAUGGCAUUCAUUGUUGCUGUUGCAAGGAAAUAAUAUCAGUUUCUGAUUUUGAGAACCAUGCAGGGAGCAAACUUUACCAGCCCUAUGAGAAUAUUUACCUUGAAAGUGGCUCUUCACUACUACAAUGUCUGCUGGAUUCCUGGAACAAACAAGAUGAGACUGGUCGUUUAGGGUUUCAUGGUGUCAAUGUUAAUGUUGAUGACCCAAAUGACGAUACCUGUGCAAUCUGUGGAGAUGGCGGGGACUUGAUGUGCUGUGAUGGCUGUCCGUCAACAUUUCACCUGGACUGUUUAGAUAUUGAGGAAUUUCCUUUGGGUGAAUGGCACUGUGUUUUUUGUUCGUGCAAAUUUUGUGGUGUAGGUGGUGAUUCUGCAACUGCAACAGAGGAAGUUGAGAGUGAUACAGUCUCUUCUCAAUUGGUCACUUGCACUUUUUGUGAGGAAAAAUAUCACAAAUCAUGUAUCAGGGAGGAGGACGAUCUCUCUGCCAAAUCUCGAAGGCCAUACUUUUGUGGGAGAAACUGUGCACAGAUGUCUGAGCGGUUAAAGAGUCUUCUUGGAGCAAAAUGUGAUUUGGGAGAUGGAUAUUCGUGGACUCUACUUCAACGGUCUGACUUCAAAGAAGAAUCUGUUAUCUUGGAACCCCAAAAGAUUCAAAACAAUUCUAAAUUGGCUGUGGCUCUCUCUGUCAUGGAGGAAUGUUUUUUGCCUAUCUUUGACCAAAGAAGUGGUGUCAAUUUGAUACGCCAUGUCAUCUAUAGCUGUGGGUCGAAUUUUAACCGAUUAAAUUUUAGCAGCUUUUUAACUGUUGUAUUAGAGAAAGGAGAUGAAGUUAUAUCUGCAGCUUCCAUCAGAAUUCGUGGGAAGCAGCUUGCAGAAAUGCCAUUUAUUGGCACACGUAAUGUUUACAGGCGCAAAGGAAUGUGCAGACGUCUACUUGCUGCAAUUGGACAGGCUCUUGGCACUCUAGAGAUUGAGAACCUAGUCAUCCCUGCUAUUACUGAACUUACGAAUACAUGGACUUCAGUAUUUGGUUUCAACCCUCUAGAAGAAUCUAUAAGAAGGGAAAUGAGAUCAAUGAAUAUGUUGGUAUUUGCGCACACUGAUAUGCUGCAAAAACCGAUUGUAAAUCAACAGUUUGCUGAGAAAAGCACAUCCUUUAUAGAGAAAGAUGCGGAUUCUGGUGUAUCUCAGAAUGACCAGAUAGACUGUCCUGCUGUUAAAACUGAUGCUGAUAAACCUGAGAUUGAUGAUGGCUGUUUGAAUGGUAAAUUUGACUUGAAUUGUGUUGCUCCUAAUGCCCCUGACUCGUCGUCUGAUGAAAAAUGUCUGGUUCAUCCUGAUUCUGAUGCUGAGAACUGUGAAGAUGAUGUAAAAAGAAGAAUGAAUUACGGAGAUGAUAAAAAUGAUGAUGGCCGAACUGGGGUGUCUGAUAUUGUAAUGAAUUCUUCUGAGCUUAGGACCCUGCAUCCCGACUUGAAUUUGAUGGCGGAAACUGAUUCUUUUUCUGAUGAGAAAAGUCAUGGCUGUCAUGGUCCUGAUACUAUGAACUUUGAUGAGGUAGCAAAAAGUACCUCAAAUUCUUCUGGUCUUACUAAUGUCAAGGAGUGCUGUACCGUUGAAAGUGACGAUGAUCAAAAUGGGGAUUCUACUUCUGUCAGAAGUUCUGAGGAAAAGGUUCUUAAAUAUGACUUGAAUUUAGAGGGAAAGGUCUUGGAGGACGAUGACAGUUUGCGUUCCAAUUCGACAAGUGUUGGAGCCCCAUUUUCCAGACUAGAUGGGCAAGAAUCAAUUGACCAUUUGACAACGCAAGGAAAUGAUAACCUAUUGGAAGUGACUAACUGUUGUAGCAGCCAAAAUGUAGAUGGUGAAACAGGGCCUUCAGCUUUUCCUGCAGCUGGUCAGGUGUCAGAAAUAAAAUACUCUGAAGUUGAGACAAGUAAAGCUAAUGAUUUGGGAUCCAAUACUGGGGACCUUACUGCUGGAGCUGAGUUGCUUACAAAAUCUACCAAGUGUUCUGACUCUGAGUCUAAAAAUUCAUUAGUAGUGUGCACUAGGGUCGCACAGGUCACUACUGAGUCCUCGUGUAAUCUAAGCUCUGCUGCUGGUGAGAGCUGUGUUGCUGGUGUAUUUCAUGGCAGUGGCAUGGCUAAGGUUGGUCCAACAAAAUCUUAGGUGAAGAGAGAUCUCAAGGUGAAAGUAGAUACGCCAUUGUAUAAAUCUUUUAGUAGGCAGAUUAAAGACCGACCAUCAUAGCUCAUUCACACCUUGUUCAUAGCCUGUGCAGUUAGUAUGUUGUAGUUUGCAGUUUUAUCUUCAUUUUCUUCUUGUCCUUUGCGACCCCCUUAUAUGACCGAAUCUGAGAAGCAAAUCAUUAAACGAGGAGCAUGAAUGGGGAAUUAUUGUACCUUUACCAGUGUACAUUUUGGUAUAGUAUUAGCAUUAUGACAGUGACCAGUUUUCAGUAUCUUGACAGGAAGGCAGAUAAUCUUAGACCUUUAGAUUGCUGACCAUUUUUUACAAUACUCAACGCAGCAAAAGUCCUCUUGCAAGGGUUGCUGUCUUUUGAUAUGAAACAUUGCAGACGCCAUUGUUAGUUGAUUCAAACAUUCAUUUGGCGGACUUUUGUUAUUGUACAUUCCAUGAACUCCUUAUGGGAUCCUUUUGAGUAGCUAGGCACAUCCUUUACAUAGGCUAAGAGGGCCACAGUAUAGUUAUGUUUAAGAGUAUCAUCUUAGGUUAUCAUUCUAUGGCCCCUUGCUUUUGUUUUUUGUAAAUGGAAAGAAGAAACAAUGAAACAGGCUCUUUUGCUGAUUUUAUACAGUAACUGUUGACUUUGCGCCUCCUAUAACAGCCAGUCCUUGUUUCAGGCGACCAGAGCAUAGAGCGAGACAAUUAUUGGAAAAUGUACACUCAUAAUUGGAUAUGGGAGCGUAAAAUUCAGUUUCGAGCGUGAAAGUCAUUGUAUUGCUUGGUGCAAAGACCAUUUUUAAACUA